AUGGCGGAGGAGGACCACCCGUGGCAGGGCAGCAUCCUUUACAAUAUGCUGAUGAGCGCAAAACAAACACAUGCUGCUCGCGAGGAGCCCAAGGGGGCUCCGUGUUGGGGCUGCUCUUGCGGUGCCGACCCCCGCGUGGGUAGAGAGGGGCUGCCAGGCGGGCGGUCCGUGGCGCUCCUAUACCGCUGCUGCUUUUGCGGUGAAAACCACCCGCGGCAGGGCAGCAUCCUCUACAACAUGCUCACUAGCGCCAAGCAAACGCACAUGGCUCCCGAGGCACCCAAGGCGCGGCUGGGGGCUCCGUGCUGGGGCUGCUCCUGCGGUGCUGAGCCCCAGAUGCGUGGAGAGGGUCCGCCUGGCGGGCGAACCGUGGCGCUUCUGUACCGCUGCUGCUUUUGUGGUGAAGACCACCCAAGGCAGGGCAGCAUCUUAUACAGCUUGCUCACGAGCGCCAAGCAAACGCACGUGGCCCCGGAAGCGCCCGAGGCACAGCCAGGAGGCGCAUGGUGGCAACUCUCUUACUGUGCUCAGAGGCUGAGGGGUAGAGAGGGGCUGCCAGGCGGCCAGGCCAUGACGCUUCUGUACCACAGCUACUUUUGCGGUGAAGACCACCGUCAGCAGGGCAACACCAUCUACUGCAUGCCUAGGAGCGCAAAUCAAACCCAAGCGGCUCCAGAAGGGCGACUGGGGGCCCCCUGGUGGGACACCUCCUGUGGCGCGCAACGCCUGGUGACCCUCAAGAGUCCACAGAUAGUCUGCGAGGCUGCCUCUGCUGGCCUGUUGAAGACGCUGCGCUUUGUGAAGUACUUGCCCUGCUUCCAGGUGCUGCCCCUGGAUCAGCAGCUGGUGCUGGUGCGCAGCUGUUGGGCGCCCCUGCUCAUGCUAGAGCUCGCCCAGGAUGAUUUACACUUCGAGACUGUGGAGAUUUCAGAGCCCAGUAUGCUGCAGAGGAUCCUCACCACCAGGCGGCGGGAGACCGAGGGCCAGGAGCCACCGCCCCUAUCCACACCGCAGCCACCUUUGGCAUUGCCUCGAGAGGCUGGGCAGUUGCCCUCGGCCGCCGCGGUCCGAGCCAUCAAGAGCUUCCUGGUCAAGUGCUGGAGCCUGAAUAUCAGUACCAAGGAGUAUGCCUACCUCAAGGGGACUGUACUCUUUAACCCGGAUCUGCCAGGCUUGCAGUGCGUGAAGUACAUUCAGGGCCUUCAGUGGAGAACUCAGCAGAUCCUCAGCGAGCACAUCAGGAUGACACACAGAGGGUACCACACCAGAUUCGCCGAACUGAAUAGUGCCCUUUUCCUAUUGAGAUUCAUCAAUGCCAAUGUCAUUGUUGAGCUGUUCUUCAGGCCCAUCAUUGGCACAGUCAGCAUGGAUGAUUUGAUGCUGGAAAUGCUCUGUGCAAAGUUGUGA